UUGUACGUCUCUCGUUCUGGAAAUGACACCCAAUCAUGUGAUCAAUGGACACCUUGCCAAACGAUUGAGCGAGCUGUCACGUUGGCGUCACGAGGGGACGAAAUUCACAUUGACGGCAACAACACUGACGAAGACCCUUACACCUGUCAAUCAGGAAAGUCACAACAUCCGGGAAUUUACAUCAAUAAGAGUGUGUCUCUGAUUGGUUCUACUGAUCCCAUUCCCCAGAUAAAAUGCACUGAAACAGACAUUAGAAUAAAUGGUUCUACCGAGAUUGCAGAGAAAAUGAAUGUAACUUUUUUUAGACUACUUUUCAAACAAAGUCGUGUUAUUAUUCAAGAUUCGUCUAUGAAUAUCAAUGCCUGUAAAUUCUUAGGCAGCAAAUCGAUGGAAAUACUCCUUCGAACAAGGGAUGUUUUAAGCAUUCAAGUUGUAAAUUCUAUCUUUUCAGGAAGCAGUGGCUGUAUCUCUGUGGUUUUCGGCAAAACAAGGAUUUCAUCUCAAAACACGCAAGUAAUGUUGAAGCUGGUAGAAUCGUCUUUUGACGACAACGUCUUGGCAGAUUUGAAGGGAAGUUGUAUCUCGGUCAGUGGAUCAGCUCACAAUGCGCAGUCUUUAGGCUGUAAUAUCACACUGGAGAAUGUCACUUUUUCUCGCAACAAGUUUAAUUCAAAAGGAAUUGUUAUCAUAGAGAUGGAUAAUAGCAAUUCAAACAUUUUCUUUCAGAACGUAAGAUUUAUCCACAAUAGUCCAUUGUCAACCCGAAAAGUAACAAUGGACGACCCCUACAGUGAAUGCAUCUUUCGAGGCACCGACUUAAAUAUUUUUAUCAAUUCAAGCAACUUUGAAAGUCAGCGCGCUCGUUCAUUUGAUCUUAGUGCAUCAAAUAUUACAUUAGCCAUCUAUAAUUCGAGUUUUUGCGGCCAGAGAGUAAAUGGAAAUGGAGGAGUGGUAUCCCUAAAGGGAAAUGAUCUUUGCAAAGUGACCGUGUCUAAUUCAUCUUUUGUUGACACGACUGCUGCGCGAGGUGGAGCAAUGGACAUUGCAUGUUCAAACAUAAAUAUAGUGAGCUUUGAGGGAAACAGUUUCAAAGAUAACUCAGCAAAGAAUGGAUCGGGAGGAGCGCUGUAUAUUUACUCACCAAAUGUGCGCUCUAAUGAAUCUUAUUGCUCUAAAAGAAACAGUACCAAAUUUCAUUACAAUGGCCAAAGUACUGAACACCUCCCUCAAAUCAAUAUCAGGGAAUGUGAUUUUAUCAACGCUUACAGUUUUUCUGGAGGAGGAGCUGUAAAUAUCCACGUUUUAAAGACCUCAGUGCGACUUAGCCAAUCAAAGUUUAUCGACUGCCAUAGUGAUACUGUAAGUUUUGGAGGAGGUGGAAUUUUAAUAAAUACGACUUUUACGUCACCACAAAGAACAUCAAGCAAUUGUAUAUUAUUGAUGGUACUGAACUCUCUUUUUAAGGGAUGUAAAUCAGUUCACUCAGAGAUUGGUGGAUCGCUCUCCAUCUUAACUGAAACCAAAAAUAAGAUCAUUAUCAACGAAACCCAUUUUAUUUCUAAUUAUGGUGGCGCUCUGAACAUUUGGUGCAAAGUCAACAAUGGGAGAGGUAGCAUCAGCCACAUUUUAAUACAACACUCGAUAUUUCUUGGCAACAGUAUCACGUUUGCUAUUAACAUAAUGGUAAGCGCUAAAAGCAUUGUCACCUUUGAAGAUGUGAUUAUGGAAUCGAAUACAGCAUUUGCAGGUUCUUUGGGCGGGGCAGUCUUAAUCGGACACAAUUGUACACUUACAAUCCAACGGUCUCGAUUUUUAAAGAAUGUUGGCGUUGGCUGGGGUGCAACGCUUUCAUUGCUCAGCUUAAACUUAAUUAUAGUACAGGAUUCAACUUUUGAUAGUAAUUACAUCUCUGACGCUACUUCGGGAACGCUAGGUUUUGGAGGCGCUGUAUAUAGCCUUAGUGACACAAGUUCUAUAUCUAUUAUAAUACUCAAUACAACAUUCAGCAAUUGCUCCGCCGCUCAGGGCGGAGCUUUAUACAUUUUUGCUGAAGGAAAUGCAUUGGUGGAAGUCAAGAAUUCUCGAUUUGUGGAUAAUUUUGUGCUCUCUAAUGACUAUAUUACUUUUGGAGGCGCCUUGUACCUUUCAUUUGCACCUGAUACCCAAAUAAAUCCAGGGUGUAUUAUCGAACAAGAGACAUCCAGGGAAAGAAGAUCUGUUGAUUCUUAUGAAUUCCCCUCAUGGGCGUACAAAAGUAACAUAACUUUCGAAAAUUCAGUAUUCGUUAGAAAUGCGGGGGCAGUUGGUGGAGCUCUCUACACGCUGAACGGGUACGAAUCAUUUCGUAACUGUUCCUUCAUUGACAAUGUGGCAACAUUUCAAGGUGGGCAUAUUUACACAGGAGACGGUUCAUCAAGUAUUGAUAUACAAAACUGUAUUUUCCGGCAGAAGGUGUUGCGGCAACUUCCUAAUCAAGGCACUAAGGCAACUUUUAUACAUUCAAAAAGUUCAGGAGCGCUUAAACUGUACAACACGACAAUGGAUUCCCAUCCAUACGAAACGGAUUUUCUUCUCCUUGUAAGAAACGGUCGACUGAUAGAUCUUGGAAACAAUAAUUUGACAAUAUUCAAUUGCCCUAAUGGAAGUCAGAUCAAUAUCAUUAAUUAUACUGAUCAAGUCACUCUUCGAGUGAACAAAAAACCUUGUAAAAUUAAAGUCACUACCCUAGAAGUUUGCUGUUCCACCUGCGAAGGAAACUUCUACAGUCUACAGCGUGGUCGAGCUGUUGGAUCUCAUGUGGUACCGAUUGUUAUACCCGGAUUUCAGUGUCUUCCAUGCCCGUUUGGAGCAAACUGUUCUGAAAAUAUAAUCGCCAAACCAAACUUUUGGGGUUUUCAGGAACAGGUUACUCCCCCAAAGCUUAAGUUUACCAUGUGUCCUGUUGGUUAUUGUAGUCCUCCCAACAAAACUGACUUUCCGAAAUUUAAUGGUUGCCAAGGUAACCGGUCUGGUAAAUUGUGUGGACAGUGCAGUGAAGCUUACUCGGAGACUCUUUAUUCUUCAAACUGCAGACCUUCACGUGAGUGCAAUGAUUAUUGGUUUUGGCCCUUCUCUUUACUUUAUGGCUUAGUCAUGGCACUUUAUUUCACAUUUAAGCCUCCUAUUGUGCCCUGGGUCAAACGUCAAGUCCUCUGGUUUAAGACCUUCGAAACAAGGAACGAAACAGACGACUUUGACAAAGGUUACCUAAAGAUUAUUUUUUACUUUUAUCAGGCAGCAAAUCUUCUACUCGUCUCCAGUUCGUCACAACAAAUUGUUAAAACUAGAUUUGUCGAUAUUCUUGUUGGACUGUUCAAUUUCCAACAAAAAUUUUCAUCUAGUGGACUGAUUUGUCCCCUGCCUGGCAUCACCAUGGUAACUAAGAGUUUGUUGUCUGGAUCACACGUGCUUGGCACAUGUCUGAUGAUAAGUAUCAUUUAUGCUACCCACAGGAGCGUUCAGAGGUUUCGAGGUCGACAAAUAUCAUCUAGCGGUCCCUAUAUUGCCGGUAUAUUACAGACCAUGUUGGUAGGGUACACAACUCUUGCGACUGUCAGCUUUGACCUGCUACGAUGUGUUCCCCUUGGUUUGGAAAAACGUUUGUUCUACGAUGGAGACGUAAAGUGCUUUCAGUGGUGGCAAUACAUUUUGAUUACUUUUGUCUGCGCAUUUUUUUGUGCCUUUUGUAUUUGCCUUGUUUUGGGGUUGUUACAAGUUGUACAGCAGAAAACUUUCUGGAAAAGAAUUGCUGUUCACCUGUUGUUUUCCCCUCCUCUCUUUGCUUUACUGGGCGUUCACCUUUUUAAUUGCCAGACGAAAACAAGCGAACAACACAGAAUCGCUGGAUACAAAGGCUGUAGCAAACAAUGACUCACCCUCAAACAAGAUCACUGUCAGUUCUAUAGAGAAAGUUCUUUAUGACUCUUUCAAGAGACCAGAAGAUGGUGGAAAAUUAUGUUUGGGCUGGGAAAGUUUUAUGAUCGGACGCCGUUUGAUUCUUAUUUUGUUAGGUGCCUUUUUCAGCGACCCAUUUCCUCGUCUUUUCAUCAUGAACUUACUUUGUGUUUUAUUUCUCUUUCACCACUCCACGACACGGCCAUUUCGCGAUAAUUUUGCCAACACGGUGGAAACUAUUUCGUUGCUGUUUCUCACUGCUGGCAUUUUUAAACGUAUUUUUCGCCUCUUUUCUCUCUUUGGCUAUGACCCCGGAUGCGCAUUUAAGUUCUUGGUGGAACUUCUGUCAAGUUGCACAAGUCACCAUUCUCUGUGUUGUACCUGCGUUGUUUUGUCUUCUUGUAGUCACUGCUGUGUUAUCGCAGCUGGGUCGCUUCAUCAUCGUCGUUUGUCAUUAUUUGUG